AUGAGGCUUCGAUUGACAGUGCAGAGAAACGGCCUGCCCGCCGCCAACAUUCUAUGGAGUGUGCCUGAGACGAACAGUACGCAGGCUUACACCAUCACGCGUCUACUCGAAGAUGUCAACCUCAUCAUCCCGCUAGAGGCAGAGCACUGGGGCCUGGAGCACUAUGUCGUCGAGGUGAGCGGCUUCGAGUGCCUGCACUUCAUGCCCGUCAUCAACUCGCUCAAGGAAGACGACCAUGUCUCCAUCCGACCACUCAUGACUGCCGAAGUGCGCGCGCGCACCCUCACCGGCCGUGACCAAAUCUCAGAUGGAGGUCAGCACCUCGUCGAUGGCGUUCCUUUUGGCCGACCCUACCUUCGACAGCCUAAUCGACCCGCCGUUCGCAUACCCCCGCGCAAACGACGCCGACUAGACGACGGACAGGCCGAGGAUGAUACCGAAGCUGUUGGACUGCUUACAGAAAAUGGAGACACAACUGAAGUGCGCGAAGAGCUUGCGAUGAUGAACAGCCACAACCGGUCGGGGAAUAAGGCAUCACGGUCGCAACGAGCAGCCAAGUCGGUGCAGUUCAAGCGACCAGAAAUAGAAGCAUCUGAUGAUAGUGAGGAAGAUGAUGACGACUUUGCUCCUGAAGGGGCAGAGGACGAGGCUUCAUCGUCUGAUGCUUCGGAUUCCGAAUCAGACUCGGAAUCGGAAUCAGACGAAGGUGCAAACGCAGACACAAAGUCAGACGUGUCGUCCAGCGGCUCAGACACUUCAGAUUCAGAUUCAGAUACUUCGAGCGACAGCGAUUCCGACUCUGACGAUAGCGACGCAAGCUCUCCGCCCGAUGUCUUGUCAUCCAAGGACGGUCGCAAGGCCAGGCCAGCUACACAGCAUGUAACCCCUGGCCAAGGUCUAAAAACCACGAAGCUGAGGAAUGCACGACGUACAAAGGCUAACCGUCUGCGUAGUCUGAAGGCUUCGGGGAAGCUUCCUGAAAAUGCAACGCUCGCGGACCUGGCCGACUACGAAGAAGGGAGAUAUGGUCGAACCGAAGAAGAACCCGAACAUACACAGCGCUUUGCCAAGUCUGAAGGCAAGAGGAAGCGGUUAGAUGAAGAUGAGCCGAUAGAAGAGGUUGCGGACGAUACAUCAGAGCUCGAACGAAGGAAACAGGAUCUGAUGGCGAGAUUUGGACAAAGUUCAGAUGCGACAGCACCAGCAGACGAGCCUAUGCAGUCAACGACUCCGGUCAUGGAGAAAACAGAAGCAUCGCUUGCCGCCCUAGGGGAAGAAGAGACACCAGCAAAGAAAGAGGCUCCCUCAAGAAGAAUGCGACCAGAUACGCGCGCCAUUGGUCGAAUACUUGCUCGGCAGGCUGCACCUGUUCUCAGGAAAACCAAGGCGAAAGCAGCACCCGAAGAACCUUCGGAGCCCGAGGGUGCCUCUGAUCCCGACUUUUGGAAGACACGGAUCAAUCUCUCGGCAUUUGAAUGCUGGGAGGAGGAAUUUGAGCUCAGCGCUCCGCCUUUCCCGUUCCAGCAGCACUGGGACCCAGCCAGCAAGCUUAUGCGUGACAAAGCUGCGAAGAAGAAGCAGAAGAGACGGAGCUAUGCGCCGCAGGAGGCAACGCCUGACGAAGAGGAGGAAGAGGAAGAAAAGAUCAUAUUAGACUAUGACGAUGCUCCUGCAACUAACCCCGACUCUGAGACCAUAAAUGCAGCAGUGGAGGACCAGUUGCGCCAGGAUCUUGCGAUGGCUGCGCAGUCCGACCUACCACCGCUUCCUGAAGAUAUGAGCACAUUGCCAGAUCUCACAUCAUCCGACAUGAAAGCCGGUGCCGUUAUCGCAUGCAAAUUCUUCACCGUAAAUCCCAUCACCGUCACACCCGAGAUUAGUGAUUACAAAACAGCUACUGUUGAGCAAGAAGGCGACUCGGGGCCUGGCGCCGGCACGAUACAGCUAAAGAUCGCUUUGCGCGACCUCCCAAAGAGGGAGAAGAAGUUUGAUAGCAAGGGCAAUCGUAUCUACAACGCUGCCGACGCUCUAUUGAUGGAGGAAGAUGACGAGGAAGAGGGCUUGUGGGAAGGCCAAUUCGGCGAGCUUCUAGAAGCGAAGCUUCAUAUAUUAACUAGACACAAUGCCUCUCCCCACUGGUCCGUCCUCGAAGCACGUACAAAGGCUGCUAAUGGAGAGAUCACCACUGACGAACUCCGCAAAGUCGAGGACGAGCACAUCAACGAUGUCGCAAAGAAGCAGAUAGAAAACGGACUUCGCUCCGUUACCGAUGGCGAGUUCCGUCGUGCAUACUUCCACCUUGAUUUCCUCAAGCACCUCGCUGGUAUCGAGGAGAAGGGUCAGGUAGGAAACAUCAGACACAAGGAUGGCUUUUCGCCACCAACACUGGUGGUCAAGGGAAAGUUGGGGCACCCCGAGGCGAUCCAAGUCAAGGACUUCGAAUUCCUUGAGCAAGCGAUCAAAAACAAUGGUGGAAAGGCGAGCACAAAAGUAUGCAUCCCAUCACCAACAAUGGUACACUUCCGUGGCGGCCGCGCUUCCAUCGACAUCUCCGCAUACCCCGACCUAGACGUCUUCUUCGAGGACCUCGCGCGCGUAUACCAAGAAGAGCUAGACAGCCUUUACAAGGCCGGCUGCCGCUUCGUCCAACUCGACGACACGAACCUUGCCUACCUCUGCGACCCCGAUAUGCGUAAAGCCGCCGAGCAAGAACGCAACGAAGACCUAAGCACCCUACCCCGCAAAUACGCCGAACUCAUCAACAAAGCCAUCGAGAAGCGACCUUCAGACAUGAAGAUCGGCAUCCAUCUCUGCCGCGGCAACUACCGUUCCAAGUGGUUUGCUUCUGGUGGCUACGAGCCCGUCUCCGAAGUCCUCUUCAAGGAACUGAACGUCGACGCGUACUUCCUCGAGUACGACGAUGCGCGAUCUGGCGACUUUUCUCCGCUGCGUCAUUUGCCUGAACACAAGGUUGUUGUGCUCGGUGUUAUGAGCAGUAAGAAGAACACCCUGGACGACAAGGACGAGAUUGUUAAGAGGCUCCAUGAGGCGGCUAAGAUUGCACCAAAGGGUCUGGAUCAGCUGUGUGUGAGCCACCAGUGUGGAUUCAGCUCUACGGCCGAGGGCAACGAGUUGACUGAGGAGGAGCAAUGGGCCAAGGUUAGACUGAGUGUGGAGAUCGCUAAGCAGGUCUGGGGUGAUGAUAUCAGCAAGUAA